AUGUUCAUACGCGUAACUGACGAUCCUAAACACUAUGAAGAUAGUAUUGAAAUUCCAAUCGAUGGAGAUGCUGAUGGAUCAGUUUCGUUGAGUACACUUGCCGCUCAAUUUCAUGGUGUGAGUGCAUUGAAAUAUCGCCAUUCUGAGACGAGUGUGUGGAGAGGCGUGCGUGUAGUAGACGGCAAACUUUAUCAUCCAGAUGGUGUGUGGGAUUUAGAUACAGUUUAUGUCGCUGUUUAUUCAAAGCCUAAUUCAGUAGAUGUUAAAAGAAAAGGUUUUGAUGAACAAGAUGAUAGUACGACUACAUACGCAGGACAAUAUAAAACACAGAAACUUGAAAACAGAUCAGAUAUAAAUGAACAAGAUCGUGAUGCAAGUCGUCGUUGUGUGGAUUUGAUUGUUUUGGGAAUAAGUUAUCAAAGUGUAGAAGCUGAUGUUCGGAAAUGUUUCGAAAUCUUUGGAGAAUUAGAACUUUGUGAAAUCAAACGCGAUAGCAACGGACAAUCACGAGGUUUCGGUUUUAUCCGGUACAAAAAUUAUGAAUCCCAAUUAGCUGUGAUGAAUAAACGACAUUUUAUUGAUGGUAGAUACGUAGACGUUAAAUUGCCUGAUUCAAAAAUAAGCAUUCAUGAACCAGAAUGUGCGCGAAAAAUUUUUGUUACACGUCUAACUGAUAACACCACAGAAGAUGAUUUGAGACAAUAUUUUUCGAAAUAUGGCUCGAUCCAAGAUGUUUACAUUCCCAAACCGCCACGUUCUUUCGGUUUUGUCACAUUUCAUGAUUCUAAUAUCGUCCGAACGUUAUUCGGCAGUCAUAUCAUCAAUGGUCGAAAUGUUACCGUUGGAUUAGCUGAACCGAAACAAAAGCCAUCGACUGCGACUUCUUAUCCAACAUCAAUUAAACGCAGCAAAGCAAAUCAUGCUGAUCUACAAUCAGUGACAUCUUACCCGUAUUAUCACCAAACCUAUGGACAAUCAGCUACUACUGACCGAGUAUAUUCAUAUUAUCCACCUUACAACGUGACUACUAAUAAUUCAUCAAAAGAACAAUAUUCCAGUUCUUCGCAAUUCUACUGGAAUGAUGUUCAUAACGAAACAGCUGGUAUUUGGCAAUAA